UCUAUAUAUGUGACCACAAAAGUGGAGUUGAAGAAGAUAGAGUUAACCACUAAAAACAUGGAGUCUUCGAGGUUCAUUGAUAUUUGUUUCUUGGUGUUCUGUGCAAGUCUUGUCAUCCCAACAAGAAGCCACAGUUACUCUCAUGCUGCCUUGUUUAUCUUUGGAGAUUCGUUGUAUGAUGUUGGAAACAAUAAUUAUCUCAAGAAUGCUCUAGCUCGGGUGAAUAUCAAGCCAUAUGGACAAACCUUUUUCAAGUAUCCCACCGGAAGAGCUUCUGAUGGCCGAUUAAUUCCUGAUUUUAUUGCUGAGUUCGCAAAGCUGCCAUUAAUUCCACCAUAUUUGCAACCUGGAAACCGUCAAUUCAUUAAUGGAGUCAACUUCGCAUCAGGGGGAGCUGGUGCUCUUGUUGAAACUAAUCAACGACGGGUGAUAGACCUUAAAACUCAACUUAGGAAUUUCAAGAAUAUAGAGAAGCAGCUAAGAGAAAAAGUUGGAGUUGCAGAGGUUAAGACAUUAUUAUCCAAAGCUGUUUACAUAUUCAGCAUUGGAAGUAAUGACUACUAUGUACCUUUCGCCACAAACUCGACUGUGCUUCAAUCCUACUCCCAAGAAGAGGUUGUCAAGAUGGUUAUCGGCAACAUAACAACAGUGAUCCAAGAAAUAUAUAAGAUUGGGGGAAGGAAAUUUGGACUCUCAAAGUUGACACCAUUGGGUUGUGAUCCCGCCUUGAGAGCGCUAAAACUAGCUACCACAGGUGGCUCCGGCUGCAUGGAUGAAGCAAAUAUGCAAGCAAAACUACACAAUAUAGCUCUCCCCGAAGUUCUCAAAGAGCUUGAGAGCAACCUAAAAGGAUUUAAAUAUUCAAUUUUUGAUUGUUACACUACAACAGAUGAAAGACUCAAUAAGCCUUCAAAAUAUGGUUUCAAAGAGGUGAAGAUGGCAUGUUGUGGCAGUGGUCCGUACAGAGGCUCCUUCACUUGCGGCCUGAAAGGAUACCAAUUGUGCGAUAACGUUAGCGAAUAUCUCUACUUCGAUGCAGUUCAUCCAACCGAGAAGGCCAACUAUCAAUUUGCAAAGCUAAUGUGGAAGGGAAGUACUGAAGUUGUCAAACCUUACAACCUUAAAACACUAUUUGAAAUGUAGCUAAAAACUUGUCCAAAUGAUCCAGCUUGUACCAGACACAGUCAAUAAAUCUUCCAUAAUUCUGCACACCAAUAAAUAUUCAAGCGGAACAUC